UGUGUUCUCGCCGCACGGGGUCUCUAGAGUCAAAUCAGGAUUUGCUUCUGGCUCUUAUGAUGCCUGGCAAAGCACCAAUACAAGAAAAUCCUUUAGGUCUGUCCUGGCAUGAUAGUGCCUGGAUUCCUGUUCUCAAUCCAAGCAACAUCAUGGAUUACUUUUCCGAAAGAAGUAACCCAUUCUAUGACAGAACUUGUAAUAAUGAAAUAGUAAAAAUGCAACGUUUAAGUCCUGAUCAGUUAACUAAUAUGACUGGCUUAGAAUAUAUACUGUUGCAUGUGCAGGAGCCAAUCCUUUAUGUAAUUAGAAAACAGCACAGGCAUUCACCAACUGCUGCAACUCCUCUUGCUGACUAUUAUAUCAUAGCUGGUGUUGUAUAUCAAGCCCCAGAUCUAGGAUCCGUUGUAAGUUCCAGACUGUUUUCCGCAGUCCAUCAUCUACAAUCUGCUUUUGAGGAAGCUAGUUCCUAUUCUAGAUACCAUCCUAGUAAAGGCUACUCUUGGGACUUCACAAAUGGCAAGGCCUGGGCUACAAAGGAGCCAGUACGUGAGGAGCCGAGCUCGUUGUUUCAGCGGCAGAGAGUGGAUAUGCUACUUGCAGAGCUCACUCGUAAAUUUCCUUUGCCAGUGGCAAAACCAGUACACCAAGCAACAGAAACUUCUAUUGAAAUUAAACAAGAACCGAAAAGUGAAAAAAAAGAAAUGAAACCACCACCGGAAAAGAAACCGAGAUUAAAUUAAGAAAUAAAAGCUUGUAAAAUAUAUUUGUGUAAUUUGUAACAUUGCUAAGUCAAGACAUUGUAAAAUAUAUUUAUGUGAAAUUUUUAUAUUUUGUAAGACAACACAUAAUAUUUGUUUAUUGCUCUUUUACAAUAUAGUCCAAGUAAAUAUAAA